GAUGGAGGAGCUGGUCGGUUUAUAUUUUCAUCUUGGUUUGUCGAACAAGGAGAUAUUACAAUGCUUGGCACAUCAACAUCACAUUAUCAUCAGUCUGCGAACUCUGAUGCGUGUAAUGAAACGUAGAAAUUUGUUUCGUCGUAAACAUUUUAGCGACAUUGUUGACCUAGCAUUGUUUCUAGUAGAUGAACUGGAAAACUCUGGCAAACGUCUGGGGUACAAACUUAUGCAUCUAAAAUGCAGACAAGAGGGACUUGUUGUCACACAGGACACUGUGCGUAUGUUGCUGCAUAUUUUGGAUCCUGUGGGUGUUGCUGUAAGGCGGCGUCAUCGGCUACAAAGGAGAGAGUACUUGAACUGUGGACCAAAUUUCCUUUGGCACAUUGACAGUUACGAUAAACUCAAACCUUACGGAAUUUGUAUCAAUGGAGCAAUAGACGGAUUUUCACGCUAUAUCGUGUGGUUGGAAGCUCACUGUACAAGCAGUGACCCUAAAGUAGUGGCUGGAUACUUUAUUCAAGAAGUCCAAAUCCGGAAAGGAUGUCCCGCGCGUAUUCGAUCAGAUAAAGGAACUGAAAAUACGCAUGUGAGAGACAUGCAAAGGUUCAUGAGGCAAAACCACAACGAUCAGUAUGCAAACAUUUCUUUCCUGGUUGGUUCCAGCAAUCACAAUCAACGCAUUGAACAAUGGUGGGGAAUUCUGCGGCGAAUGAACGCACAAAACUGGAUGGAUACGUUUUCCAUGCUGAAAGACGUUGGCUCCUUCAGCGGAGAUUUUCUGGAUAAAUCUUUGAUACAGUUCUGUUUUACAGAAAUAAUUCAGACAGAGCUUGAUCAAGUUGUCAAACUUUGGAACUCUCAUCAUGUAAGAUCAUCAAGGACAUCAACUUCACCAUCUGGUCGACCUUUCAUGAUGUACAACUGCCCUGGAGUGUAUGGAACACACACUUUCUUGUGUGAUGUAGCACAAGAAACUGUUGGACUUUGUUCAGAAGAAACCACACCCAAAGGUUUGCCUUGCGACGAGACAGUGUACGAGUUGUGUACGCUCUUGAUAGAGGAAAACGGCAAACAGAAAGCAACAUCAGCAGAGGAGGCAGUUAUUCUGUAUCAAUUCUUGAGGGAAGAAGUCAUCAGAGGGCUAGAAUAAGCCUCAAAAUGCACUUUGUUGGUCAUUAUAGUCACAGUACUCGUUCAUUUGAAAUAAAUAUAUUUCUGAUU